AUGUCGUCUCUGUUCUUGAAGAAGAGCCUGCUUGGGCUAAGCUUGGUGGCUGCCCUAGCUUCUCCGGCAGUUGGCAUCGCCUUUGACUACGGCUCUGAAAAGGUCCGUGGUGUCAACAUCGGUGGCUGGCUGGUAUUGGAGCCAUGGAUCACACCAUCAGUCUUCGACAAUGUUGGCGACGCAGCUGUGGACGAGUGGUCACUCUGCGCCACUCUUGGACCCGACCAGUGCCGUCAAGUUCUCUCGGAGCAUUGGAAUUCCUUCAUCACCCAGGAGGACUUCAACCAGAUUGCUGCCGCUGGCAUGAACCACGUUCGAAUCCCUAUCGGCUACUGGGCUGUGGAGCAUCUUGAGGGUGACCCGUACGUCGACGGCCAGCUACAGUACCUCGAUUCCGCAGUUGGCUGGGCUCGUGCUGCUGGUCUCAAGGUGAUGGUCGAUCUGCACGGUGCUCCUGGAUCUCAGAAUGGCUUUGACAACAGCGGCAAGCGUGGUGCCAUCACCUGGCAGCAGGGCGACACUGUUGACAGCACCAAGAACGUCCUUCGGACUCUUGCUGCGCGAUACGGGGGUGAUGCUGAUGUAGUCACUGCCAUUGAAGCUCUGAACGAGCCUAGCAUUCCUGGUGGCGUAAAUGAAGAUGGCCUCAAGCAGUACUACUAUGAUUCCUGGGGUGUGGCCCGCGAGGCGACUCAGGACACCACCGUUGUCCUACAUGAUGGCUUUGUGCCCACCGAGUCCUGGAACGGGUUCAUGAGCGAGUCCACCGGAUUCUACUACGUUAUGAUGGAUACUCAUCACUACGAAGUCUUUGACAACGGACUGCUUGCCAUGAACACCGCUUCGCAUGUCGGCAAUACCUGCAGUUUCGUCAAUGAUCACGUUCUCCACACUGACAAGUGGACGGUUGUCGGAGAGUGGACUGGAGCCAUGACGGAUUGUGCCAAGUACCUCAAUGGAAAGGGCAUUGGUUCUCGUUACGACGGAACCUACCAGGGCAGCACUGCGCUCGGUAGCUGUGAUGGUAAGGCUGUCGGCAACAUCGAUACUCUUACCGGUGACGAGCGUACCAACAUUCGCCAAUUCAUCGAGGGUCAACUGGAUGCUUACGAGAAGGGCAAUGGCUGGCUCUACUGGACCUGGAAGACCGAGGGUGCCCCUGAGUGGGACAUGCAGAUGCAGCUUGCCGGGGGUGUCUUCCCCAACCCGGUCACUAGCCGCCAGUUCCCCGGCCAGUGUUAA